AUGCUCGCUGUGGGCACUAAAGACACUGUGGACAACGAUUUAGUCUGCGCCACGGAGAAGGAAGAGGUCCCAGUCAAAUGGAUUUCCGCCAAUCAUGAUGACAAUUGCAACUGGCGCCCUUACUUUCUUGAUUGCACUUUCGCAUCAAGUGUUGAUCAGUUUGAAGUGAAGCGUCGGCGAACUCCAGAUGGAGAGAAGAAUAUGGCAGUGGAUGCAAGAGCACUCGUGUCCGAAAAGUUGCCAGUCACAGUGUGCUUUAAUCAAAUGUAUAUGUUUGAGCGGUGGCAAACAGCCCUGGCUGUCUUACAAUUAUACCAAGCGUAUGGUGCGAGUGCAUUGGUCAUUCCGAUUCACAGUGUAAUUGAAGAGCUGUACGACGUUCUUGAAUAUUUUGAAAAACGAAUGGACGGAAUUCGGAUUGAUACAGCGCCUGUUUUGCCGAAUAUCGUAAGCAAUAUAUAAGGCUGAUACUGCAGUCCGUAAAAGCGUCACUAAUUUGAAGCAAUUUUAUUUCAUUUUUCAGCCGGAACUUGGAUUUGACGUUAGUUCUCAAAUAGAGAAGGCCGGUUGGCUUCUCAGCGCCAACGAAUGUCUUUACGUUUACAGAAGGGCCGCUGAAUUUAUAAUUUUUGCUGAUUAUGAUGAACUAAUUAUUCCAAGAUUCUCAAACCAUCUUUACGAAGAGUUGUGGGCAUUAUCAAGGCAAUACCCAAGUGUUGCAUCGUUUGAAUUUAGGUUGGCCACUGCUUCGGCUAAUCAGUGUAAGAUGAGUGUCAACGCUUCACUCCACAACUUUCAGACCAAAGCCCUCAGCACUUUCGUAUCCAAGAGUUUGCAAAGACAGCCCUUGUUCAACAAGUCGCUCCAUUUGGAAUUCCGGCAGUCAUUGCAAAUCGAACAGAACGCCCAUUUCUUCACAAUCCAUUGAUCAGCUUAGACAUUGGAGACAAUGACCACAAGUUGAUGACCAAAGAUGACGCCUGGGCGUUCAAAUUUCAUUUCCCUUAUUUUAACCCGAGGCUGAGAGACGUAAGUGAUAAAAAAGCAUAUUCUUGAUCUUGCCGUAAUUAUAGCUAGCCAUUCCUUCGUAUCAUGACAGCCGAAGCGGACUUAUUUCAACAGCCGAAAGGAUAUUUCAAACCAAAAUCAAGGAGAACAAAGAGACUUAUUUGGUAAACCAUUACCACUGUAACUGUGAUCCUUUUUUCAGCGAUUCCAUAAGCUCUCGAACGAACGAAUCUAUGAGAAAAAGAUGUCCAAAUGUCGAGCUGAUAUGAGAGCUCAGAAAUUUCAAUGUGACAAUGACCUUCAUUGCAUCCCACCACCUUCUCCAGAGCUUCCUCGAUGUGUUGUUGUGGAUAGUCGAGCCACCAAAUGGGCAGAUGGGACCGGCCGAGUUUUGUAUACGGCCUUUCGGAGGGUUUUCCGCCGACAAAAAGAUUGUACACCAUUCAUGAGGGAGGCGGAAGACAUUAAAGACCUUCCGGAAUAA